CGCAGACUCCUCCGGGUGACUCACUCUGAUGCUCGCUUUUCCAUGCUGAAAACCAGCACGGAUUGUUGGAUUGUUAAUCAGAUGAACUUUCGGGAAUUGUGUAGCCGACAGCGAGCAGCUUUUUACCCGCAGACACCAUGGCUUCAAACGCUCUCUGCGCGCUUUGCGGACUUAUUAUAGCGGCUGUGAUCAAUUUCUAUGGCGUUAGCGCACAGAAAAGUCAGUGUAACAGUUUAGAGUUUUGGAACUCAGAUUUGGACGUCUGUGUGCCAUGUUCAUCAUGCAAGCUGUACCCAAAGACCCCAUCGUGCAACACAUGUAAAUCUGUGGAUGAGACACCUGACGUGUGGAAACUGGCAGCCAUAACCAGCUUCUCAGUGCUCGCUGUAGUGCUUGUUGGUGCUGCGCUUAUUAUCGGGGUCAUGGUGCAUCGACGCAAGUCACACAAACGGCCUCUACGUGAACCCAUUGAAGAAACUGCGGGGCCACUUUAUCAAGCUUAAACAUUUCACCUCAUCUUACUCUGGAAACAGAUGUGACAGAACCAAGGGGCAACCAGUUCCGAGCCGGAUGGAGGAACCUCUGGACCAUGAACUGUAUACUCUGACUGCAGGGUAUCUCUUCACCAGAAUUGGACCAUUUUUAUUUAUUAGACUGUUAAGUGAAGAGCUGUGCUCAGUGUAGGUCUGACAGCGACAACAGGAGCAACUCUCACACCUCUGUAGGAAUAGUAACAUUAUAUUAGUGAUAUCAUUCUCAGAUAUUGUGUGCCUUUAUAGUCCACUUAUGUAAGAGUUUGGUCUGGAAGACCAUUGUGGGUUUGCAGAUGUUUGAUUCAGAAAAAAAUACAGUCUUUUCCUCAGAGAGAUGGAUGCCUUCCAAAUCCUGCAUUGUAUUUUCCAGCAGGACUCAGAUGAAUGUAACACAGCCACUGCUCCAUUAUCCCCCCCACACCCCACCCCACUUUGCUGUGAUUGCCUAGUGCUAACCCUUACAUAAUGUUACCUGCCGUAACUUUAACCGCAUCUGACCUCGACGUACCGACAUGACGAAUACUAGUCAUUCACAGCACAGUUGGGCGAAAAACAGACGGAAAAAAGUGCCUAAUGGGCUGCAGUUUGAUCGCUUUGCUAGUCAGCAGGGUUGGACGGGGUCUAUCUGCUGGUCAUUUACCACAACAGCCUCUUAAAGGGGAACAACACCUACAUUAAGAAUUCCAGUGUUUUUUUCAUGUCCUAGAAAAGUGAAAUCAAUACUUGUUAAUAUGAACUACUCUCUCAAAGCCAGAAACCAGAGAAGUAAGUCUCAAACUCAUCAUGUCUCUCUCAUCAAAGUCUGCUGCUCCGAAGACCACAGAUGGGAGCCUGUAAUUGUGGACCCACAAAAUGUUUUUCUUUUUUACACCCAAAUGAGCUUUAUUUUUUACACUGUUCUUAGAUCUGAAACAGAAAAAGUACCCACAUAUUUCCCUGGGUGCUCUCAUCCAAAUUUUCUCGGGUUUUUGAACCAGUUUGUUCAGGAUUCUGGUGCUGUUUCACUAGCCUGGAAAUAGACAAUUUUUGAGUGAAACCAUUGUAAUCAAAGAUAUGACAUUAGUGAGGGCAUUGCGCAAUGCGCACACCCACUGAAGUUUCUGGAUUUGUAAGAAAGUUGUUCAUGUUUUAUGAGGACUUUUGGACUGUCUAUACCAUGGGGAUAACAUGUAUGAAUUUUUAAAAUGGGUAUAGUUUCUCUUUAAAGAAAAAUUGCAUGUGAGUAAGACAUACUGAUAGGCACAUUAAGGCCAUUUGAAUGUAGCGACUUUACUCUUUACACUAGGUGAAAUGUAUUCUAGACUGCGUCCCUGCCAGUACCGGCGUGUGCCUGCUCUUUUAGUCGCCCGAUACAGUGAGAAAGCUGUUGAUUAACUGUACUUAUUCACUGUUACCAGCUCUCCUGAGACCAACACAGACCCUUUAUUACAGGUUACCACAAUAUUGCCUUGUCUUUUUUGUUACUAGGUUGUAUGAGAUGAUAGCUGGAUUUUUCUUUAUCACUGCCCCAGGAUUCACACGUUACUGUCCCAGCGCUCAGAGGACAGGAUGUUUGAAACACUAGACACACAAUCCCAAACUGCUAACAUGUGGGAAUGUUGCGAGGAAUGUACUGUAGUGAAGGGAAUGACACCUACCAUGUUUUAGGUGCAGCUACACAGUGCCUACUAACUCUGACCUGUUGAAUCUUUUUAGAUCUGAAGACACAUGUAAAGAUGUUUGUAAUUUUGUAGCCAUCGAGACCAAUGACAACCAUGGCGGGCAGGGUUGUUGUUUUCCACUUCUUUUUAUAGUUCAGGAUGUUUUCUAGCUUCAAAACAUCACCAGUAUGCGGUUACUGAUGUAUUUUAAGUGACUGACAAUGUUUCAGGUCAUAUUUUGGAUCUGUCUGCUUGUGGGUAAACUGCUUGCCCUCCGGCAGCAAAAUUAAGGAAUCACUUAAAAUACAAAUGCUUCCUCUUUUUCUUUUUUUUUUUUUUUUUUAGAUGUUUAUAUUAUUUAUUUUAAGUAUCUUGUGGUGUUGUUUUUCAUCAACUGCAAGUGACAAGCACAUUUUUAAAGGGACUCCAGUGAAGAUUGUCGAACUUCCACCAGGCCAGCUAGCGAUGAUACUGAGCAAUAACUAACAUUUUCUGCUUACUUCUCUUGCUUUCUAUUUCCAAUUGUAUAUAGUGUACAUGCACUGGCUUCUUUUACUUAAUGCAAUCUUAUAAACGGCUUUGUGUAUCAAAUGUAUUUUCACAAUAAAACUGACAAUUUCCAAUAAUAA